UGGGAGCCAUGGCCUUCACCAUGUUGAGACCUGUAGCUGCCCGGCACUUCUAUCCGGACAUCAGCCUCCACUCCGACGAUGAUGAGAACAAGAGCGAGAGCGAGGGUUCCGACCAGUCCUUUGACUGCUGCAACGGGUCUGGCAAGAGGAGGAGGGUGGCCUUCUCCAAGAGCACCAUGGUGGUGAAGCACCGGCAGGCAGCCAACGCCAGGGAGAGGGACAGGACUCACAGCGUCAACACAGCUUUCAGCGCCCUCAGGACACUCAUCCCCACUGAGCCCGCCGACAGGAAACUCUCCAAGAUCGAGACCCUCCGCCUGGCCUCCAGCUACAUCUCCCACCUAGGCAACAUCCUGCUGGUGGGAGAGGAGUGUCUGGAUGGGCAGCCGUGCCUGGCCACCGUCUACAGCAGCCAGAAUGAGUUUGAGGGCUCGCAGCCCAGGUCCAUCUGCACCUUCUGUCUGAGCAACCAAAGGAAAGGGGUUAAGGAGAAGGACGGAAAGAGCGGGUAUUCGAAACUCAGGGGACCGGGAACUCUGCGGAUGCAGCGCCAGUGAAAGCGCAGGCUGAAGGCGGCGGGACAGUGAGAGAGGCUCCGCUGUCAGUCAGGCGGAGCGCAACCGGCGACUAGGACUGAAAUCUUACGGGCUUGGAAAGAGGGCGCACAGCAGCCACCACUACAACAGCAGCAGCAGCAGCAGCAAAAUCCACAUGGCAAACCUCAUACCAGGAGUAUACGGACACAGCCUCGAAGCCUCUUUGCUGCCCCCCACGUUCGCACCUCCCAAGAACUUCCAAGCAGAAACUUUUCAUCUUGAGUUUUGAACUGGGCGUUCGAGUCCGGCUACAACCCCGCAGACCAUGCGCAGUGUGAGCUUGGUGUUUAAGGGUUGAGAGAGAGUGUGACACUUUAAAAUAUGCUGAAGUCUAUCUCCAUUUGGGGAGAUCUGGCCUUUUCUAAGUUUUAAUGUUGUUAUAUCUGCUGUAAAUUUUUUUUUUUAAAAAAAUCUAGCCAAAAUGUGAAAAAAAAAAUAAAGCAGAAGUGAGU